GAGGAUUCUGCCAGCCUUGCAUAAUACUGUAGGAAACUUUCCUAUUGUUUCUGUGUUGUGUGUUUCCUACACCUGUGAAUAAGUUGCACAGUAGGAAUGAAAUCCUUACAUGGUAAGUGAUAGCCUGUGUUGGAUGGGCUGAGCUGUUUGUACUUACCGGUGCAGGGUGAUAGAGGCAUGCUGACUGGUCAGAAGCAGGGCAGAGGGUUACUGGGGAGCACUUCUAGACACGGCCACAUCUGACACGUGUGCGCUAAGGGACAUGUGCCCUAAGGGACGAGCCACAGACCUAGGGGAGUAAAGGAGCCUGUACUGGGGAGUGCAGGGCUUCAUCCUGUGGAGGUGGUACCUGAGGAGGCGGCUAGGUCUGAGGUCUGAGUGCUGCCUGCCUCGGCCUCCUCACUGCACCGUUGUGUGGGCUGAGAUAUGUGAAGAGCAGCACCAUGUGGCUCCCCCGCCCCUUGGUGAGCUAUACCCGCAGGCUGCUGGCUACUGUCUCACUGCCUCCUUUCCUCUCGGAGCUGGAGCUGGCCAUAGAGCGGGAGCCCCACAGGAGCCCAGAACCAUCCUCUCUUGUGUGUUUUCCUGUCAGCAGGACCUGCAGUUCCUGGAGCAGAGGCUGGGGUGUGUGUCCUGAGUUCUUUGUGCUGUUCUGCAUCUGCGGUUUCCCUCCUUCCCUGCCUCCUUCCCCAUGCACAGAGGUGGUGGAGAAGCUCACAGUGUUCUAAGAACCGAGGUGUCUAGGCUGGAUGGAAUUUAGCAUAAAAAAAAGUCCUCUUUCUGUGCAGAAAGUUGUAAAGUGCAUAAAGAUGAAGCAGGCACCAGAAAUCCUUGGCAAUACAAAUGGAAAGACUCAGAACUGUGAAGUGAAUCGCGACUGUUCUGUAUUCCUCAGCAAAGCUCAGCUUUCUAACAGCCUACAGGAGGGGGUCGUGCAGAAGUUUAAUGGCCAUGAUGCGCUUCCCUUUAUUCCAGCGGAGAAGUUGAAAGAUCUUACUUCCUGUGUGUUCAAUGGAGAACCUGGUGCUCCUGAUGCCAAAUUGUGUUUUGAGUCCCAGGAAGCAAAAGGAAUUGGGACACCACCCAACACUACCCCUAUCAAAAAUGGCUCUCCAGAAAUCAAGCUGAAAAUCACCAAAACAUAUAUGAAUGGGAAACCUCUCUUUGAGUCUUCUAUCUGUGGUGACAGUGCUGCUGAUGUGUCUCAGUCAGAAGAAGAUGGGCAUAAGUCAGAGAGUAAGGUACGGAGGAGCAGGAAGAGGAGCAUAAAGUAUGACUCCUUACUGGAGCAGGGCCUGGUGGAAGCCGCGCUGGUGUCCAAGAUCUCGAGUCCUUCAGAUAAAAAGAUUCCAGUUAAGAAAGAGUCCUGCCCAAACACUAGCAGAGACAAAGACCACCUGUUGAAAUACAAUGUGGGUGACUUGGUGUGGUCCAAAGUGUCGGGUUACCCCUGGUGGCCUUGCAUGGUUUCUGCCGACCCACUCCUUCACAGCCACACCAAACUUAAAGGUCAGAAAAAGAGUGCACGCCAGUAUCACGUACAGUUCUUUGGUGAUGCCCCAGAAAGAGCGUGGAUAUUUGAGAAGAGCCUUGUGGCUUUUGAAGGAGAAGGACAGUUUGAGAAGUUAUGCCAGGAAAGUGCCAGGCAGGCACCCACGAAAGCCGAGAAAAUCAAGCUGUUGAAACCUAUUUCAGGGAAAUUGAGGGCCCAGUGGGAGAUGGGCAUCAUUCAAGCAGAGGAAGCUGCCAGCAUGUCUGUGGAAGAGCGGAAAGCCAAGUUCACCUUCCUCUAUGUGGGGGACCAGCUGCACCUCAACCCCCAGGUAGCCAAGGAGGCCGGCAUUGCUGCUGAGGGCUCCGGAGAAGUGGCAGAGCCUGCUGGAGUUGGGGAAGCAGCUGCUGCAGACCCUCGGGCUGUGCAGGAGGAGGGUAUUCCGGUGAAGAGGAGGCGGAGAGCCAAGCGGUCUAGCUCUGCUGAGAACCAUGAGAGUGAUGCCUGUAUGGAGAAGAACACUCCACAAAAAUCCACAGAGGCCGAGCCCAAGAGAGGAGUCGGGUCUCCCCCUGGGAGGAAGAAGGCAGCAGCCUCCACUCCGAGGAGCAGGAAGGGAGAUGCUGCGUCUCAGUUUUUGGUCUUCUGUCAAAAGCACCGGGAUGAGGUUGUUGCUGAGCACCCAGAUGCAUCAGGUGAAGAGAUUGAAGAAUUACUGGGAUCUCAGUGGAACAUGCUCAAUGAAAAACAGAAAGCUCGCUAUAACACCAAGUUUGCCCUUGUGACCUCGGCCCUGUCUGAAGAAGAUCCUGGUAAUGUAAAUGGGAAAAAAAGAAGUCACACAAAGAGGACAGAGGACCCUGCAGAAGAUGUUGACAUUGAGGAUGCGCCUAGAAAGAGACUCAGGCCUGACAAGCACGGUCUUCGGAAGAGAGAGACAAGCACUGACAAGAUGGCCAGGACAAGCUCUUACAAGGCCAUGGAGGCGGCUGCCUCACUCAAGAGCCAGGCAGCAACGAAAAAUCUGUCUGAUGCGUGCAAACCACUGAAGAAGCGAAAUCGGGCUUCUGCAGCAGCGUCUUCCACUCUUGGGUUUAGCAAAAGUUCAUCUCCUUCUGCAUCCUUAACUGAGAAUGAGCUUUUAUGGGAGCCCACAUCAGUCAAGUUGGACUUGAACCCAGCUGCCCUGUACUGCACUUAGAGUGAUGUAAUGUCCCAAGAUGUCUGCGGCAGGUGGCGCAUCAUCGUACACACUAAGUGACAUUUCUAUCACAAUCAUUUUAUGGAAGAUGUGUGAUAAUCUGUUUUUACUGGUAUUAAUAAACACAUACAAUGAAGAAAACAGAUAACAUUUUAAGACCAAGGUAAGAUACCUAAUCAAGGCCAUUUAAUCAAUCACAUUCAUCUCAUGAUAGAAACACAUUCAUAUUCCAGUGAUCAAUGUAGAUUUCAAGUCGAAAAGGAGGCUGUUCGGUGGGGGCUGUCCUAUCGCCGAGACAAGGCACCCGCUGAAGGGGCCAACCUGUUAGAGGUCCUUUUCCCCUCUAAUUCAUAACCUACUGAAUUUUUAUUGAGAAAUGUCAGCAUCUGUUCCUUCAGAAACAAAGAACAAACAGCACACAUUAAGGGGCCCUUGUCAACUAUUCUCAUUGCCAGUGAAAUGUAUCCAGUACUGUAGAUAUUAAACUAAUUUCCAACAUGAAAGGCAAGAGGAGUUUUGAUUCUGUCCUUUUUUACUAAACAGUUUUACUAUAACACUAGACACAGUAAAUUUUUAGGAAAAUACGCCAUUCCCAGCACCAUUGUGAACCAUUCAACUCUCAACCCAGUGGCUGAGAUGUAGAGGACACCAUGGCCAGGUUAUUUACGCCAGCCACUUCAUCACUUGCUUUCGUAGAGCAUCGGCAUCCCUGUAAUGUCACGGUCUUGGGUGCCAGCCGGGGCUCGAGCCCGCAGCCUGCAGCCUGCCUGUGUCAUGGGGGAAGGCCCACUUGUCCUCAUCUUGAGAAGUGGGGCUCAUGUGGAUGGCACCAGGCUGUUCCCGGCAGACUCAUCAGUGUGUCCGACCUGUAGUGAAAAUUCUGACUAAUGCUUCUGUUCCAAACCAUUAAGUGAUGUAACGCAUGUAAAAUGCUUAGGGUGCCUGGCGCCUUGCGAGGACUCAGUGGUUUGCUGUUGUGACAGUCAUGGUUAUAACAAUAAAAAAAUAAAGUUGCCAUCAUUCCAUUUUUAUCCAAAAGUAUAACUUUUACUUUGGCAUGAGAAGUGACCUUGCCUGCAUCACGCAUGUGGGGAUGAAGUAAACCCAGCAGUGGCAGAACCCUGGGUCUGUUAAUACGAUACGGUCCAGUGCUGGGCACAUGGUUGCGAGCUGGCGGAUGCCCUGUGGUCCUGCUCAGUGGGAGAUGUGGCCCCAUGGCCUAGGAGCAGUCUAGAUUGUACUAUUCCAAAAGGACCCAAAAGAACUCAGGUAAAUUUCAUCUCAAGAAUCACUGCUAAAUUUUAAAAUAUGAUAAAAAAAGAUGGUAUAAAAAUGGCCCUGGUUCAGUAAAUGAUCAUCUGAAGUAAAGAUGCCAUCCUGACAGUCUCUGGGCCAGAAUUGAGGAGUUUUUUUAGAUUGUGAUGAAUUUGGGGCGUGACAGCGGCCAGCAUGGGGAGGUGGUAGGGAUGCAGAAUGGCUGAGUGGUGCCCGCUGUGCAGUGUAGGCAGCAUCAGCUGAGUGAGAGAGUGAGUGAGAAAACGGGAUGGGAAUGUGCAGUGUUCCUCUGCCCAGGGAGACCACAUCCCUCUGAGCACACUGGGAAGGUGGCUAGGUAGGCAGGGUAGGGAUACUUGGUGUUCUUCAGUGAGGGGACAGUUCCACAUGUGGCAGAGUUGGCCUGCUCCCAAGGCCAGUCAUGGUGCCACUGUAGAGGAGCUGAGUUCCCGAAGGGUCAGCUCUUUCUUGGCCUCUGAGGAGCUGAGUGGAAAGGGGCCAUCACCCAGAAAUGCUUAGGAAGGAACAGUAGCUUCUCUGCCAGGAGAACCAAUGUUCAUUACAUUAUGAAUUUAGCAUAAAAUGCCUUCAUUUCCUAAAAAAGUCAAUGUAGCACAAGAUACAUUUAUUUAGUCUUUCAGAUGUUUGAGUUGUCCCCUUUGAGAUUUUUGGGUUUUGCUCAUGCCAUAUAUAAAUCACUUUCAUGAUCCCAUUGACUUGCUUCAAACCAUCACUCAUGUAUUUUGUUUGCCAGGCAGGAGGCAUUGACUGUCUUGUAUGAAACUUGAGGCGUUUGAGAGGGGUAGACUUGUCUGAAUAUAUGAGUGUUUCAGUUGUAGCUGCUCCAAAAGUGCAAGUCAAGUCCUCCAGUGUCCCAGAGCAGUGCUCGGUGAGUGUGUGUGUUGGGAUAGAGGCCUGAGAUCUGCGGGCCAUGGGAUCCUUAAGAUCUCCCCAGAGCUGACCCUGCCCAAGUGGACUCGUGGCCCCUGAUGGGCCUUUCCUCAGAGCCAGCGACAGGCUCAUUGUCCUCCUUUAGGCACAAGGCCUUCAGGGGUCUAGUGGCCUCUCAGGACUCUCCUUAGUACUCAUUGAAAAGUAUAACUCAGUGUUUUUAAGAGGCUGCUCCUAAAAACCAACAAGAAACCUAAGCGAAGUCUACAACUAAGAAGCAGAGUGUAUAGGACCUAGGGCAGGGGGCCUGUGGCAUGCAGGAGGGAGUCCCAUCCCUUCCCUGUGAGGGACAGCCUGUUCUUAUAUGGCAGGGAGGGAAGGCUUCCUACAGUGUGGCCUUAGGGGUGUCUGACUCUUGCUGCACACAGAAGCACAGGAGAUUUCAGUUGGGCUCUCUGGGGUUGGGCGUGAGAUGAGGGAGAGGGCUGUUGCGUUCACGGUGGGACACUGGAGGAAAGGCAGGAAAAGGGAGCAAGACCUAAACUGUCAGCAGCAUGGUCUCUUGGCGUAGGAUUUGAAUCCAGAGGCUGUGGGAGUGGCCCGACAUUGGUGGGUGAGCCUGGUACCUGCUAAAGGUCUAUCACAGAAACACCCUGAAAGGGAGAAAAGUUAAGGCUGUGAGUUAGUAUCUAGUUCCUCAAACAAACAAAAAUGUUGUCCACAUGUAUGUAUAAGAUGAAAGGGUGUGUGAGGUGGGACCAGGUUGUGAUGCUGUUGGUGCUCAGGACUGGCAGGAGCCUGAUUCUCUCAGGCUCCUUGAGCAGGGUGGGGAGGCAGGGUGAGCCAUCUGCCUACCCCUGUCUCUGUGUGUGGGCCUGAGAUGCCCACUUGGCUCCCUGUACCCUGCAGUGCCUGUCAGUGAAGGUGAGAAACGAGGCCACUAGGACUUGGCAGGUGUGUUCCACUUCUGAGUCAUCGGUCCUGAAGAGACUGCUGCUCUCACAGACAGCGCUUUGCAGUUGCUCCGCCAUGGUGGCUUCUUCCCCCAAUUGGUCAGGCUUCUGUGUGGGCGCCAGGGGCAGCCCUUUGGACUCAGUGUGAAGUGUGCAGCACCAUAUGCUUUUGUAGUCAGUAGUUUUGUCACCUCAGAUUUUAGAGUAUGUGCUGCCGAAGCAAGCACUGUCACCUCAGAUUUUGAAAAUUGAAAACCAAAAAGUUAUUGCUGAGGACUGCUGUUUAUCUUUUGCAUUGCAAUCUUUAGCUGGAGGAGUGGCAACGCUGCCAUCACAUCAGAAAGGCUUUCCUGACCCGCUCUCAGAGCUGUCGCUGCUGCCUACUGACUCCUAAAGUUUUUUUCUCCUUCUUUGAAGAAAUAUACUGACUCUCCCAUAUGUUGUAGAAAUUUUGGAAAAUGCUGUGGACGUUGGUCCCCUUGGGUACUGUCUUCAUUGUUAUGCCCAGGCAACUAGAAGUGUCACUGAUUUGCUUGCCAAUGAUUGGACAUGGACUGGUCCUAGCACAGAAAAGGAUGUGUGUGUGUGUGUGUGUGUGUGUGUGUGACAUGGACUGGUCCUAGCACAGAAAAGGAUGUGUGUGUGUGUGUGUGUGUGUGUUCAUCUAUCUUGUCCAGGGAGAGGGAGGGACACCUCUGUGGGAGGUUUCUACCAGCCAGGGCACCCUCCCAAUAGGCCCCACCUAUCACCUGCCAGUGUCACUAUCUGGCCUUGUGCUGGAACCACACGUGUGGUCUUUCUAGCCUGCAUGUAGACGCCACACUUUGGGCACGUAACUCCUUGGCAGUAUUCUGAAGUAUGCUAGUGUCUGGGGACAGUCUGUGAGCAAUGAUGGAUAGGGCGGGCCUGGCCUGACCUGGCCAUGGGGUGUUGGUCAGCAGCAUGAGAGAAAGCUGGCCCCAUGGGUGUCCUGCAUGUGCCCGGGUGCUCUACCUCCAGUCAGGGCACACAGCCUGUGGGCACAGCCCCUCUCAGCAGGGGAUGCAGUGCCCAGGAUACAGCUGGGACACAGGUGGGUGGGCAGACUUUAGAGACUUGCUUUACCUCUGACAAGGGCAGCCGGGAGCCGAGAGCAGCAGCCACAUGGCCGGCUCUGGCCGCAACUGCCUGGUCCUUGCUGCCCUCUCAGGCAGCCUGACAGCACGGAAGCUGGCUGAGACCAGAAGAGGAAGUACAGCCUGGGGCAUCCUGUGGACUCAGGGAGUCAUCCCCACCUAACAUAGCAUGCAGGGCAGCGAGGAGGGCUCUGUGCUGUGUGACCUGGAAGGGCUGUUUGUAAUAAAGGUUAUUUCAAAUUCUAGCAUUUUAGCUGAUGACUCAUUCUAAAAUUAUUUAAUUCCACUCUAACGUUACACUGUGAUGUUAACUUGGAAGACCUGUUUGAGCGUAGUCUUUUGAUUUUAAACUCAUUAAAUCUGUUGAGCACAGGAUUAUUAUUUGUAAAUCUAAAACACUCUGAAAAGUACGUCUAGUAACCAUUUCUUCCUUUAUAAAAACAACUUACACAUGCAAAGAAUGUUGCUUUAUAGAAAUAUUGUUCAAGGUUGUAACUGUAUUUCAAAAAUGAUGCAGUAUUUAACUUGUGAAGGGAUUUGUUUUGUCAGAAAUUAAAAACUCACUGUGUAUGGAGCACAUGGAAGGGCACGCAGCGGCCUGCUGGCACUCUGAGCCUCCCGACGGCCAUACGGGCCUGGCAGUGGGUUGGUGUGCUCACAGGGCUGCAUCAUGUCUGGUAAUGCUGUUUUGAGAGUCCCUGCCCCCACGGAAUGUAUUCUAAGGCACGGAGGUAGCUUGGUACUGUCACAUGCCAAGUAGAGAGCAGAGAAAGUAUUCUCGGACUUAACAAAACUUGCAAAAGUCAGGAACUGAGCUGCUUGGAGAUCUGGGUUGCCAUUGUGGCCUUGCAGGUGGGAAGUGAUAGGAAAGCUGUUGACGGAGUCUGUGUCUGUUCCGUCACCACGCUUUCCCUCCCCUGCUACACACCCUGUUGGAUAUGGAAUAGAUUGUAGAUAUUCUAGACAGAGCCCUGGGCCUGCCGGGACCGCAUGGGACCCGUGUCACUUCCACAGUGGCAUCUCCAAGUGGGUCCCCGCACCCAGUGUGCAUGGAGGAGGAACCACGGCUGGAGUGAGCUGCCUGGGCCGCCCUGGUGGGUUUCCGGGCGCGCCUGGGGGCCCUCCGACCUGGCUAGGUGUCUGUCCCCUGGCUCGUGGGGAGGGCUGUGGGGGCAAGAGGGGUCUUGUGCACUGUGUCAUGGACUGUGAUAUUGUAAGGUCUGUAUUCUGUAUGUGGAUCUCAGACCCCAACCAGGACACGAGCCUCAUGUGUGUCGUUCCAUUUCUAUUUCCAUUCGAAGUAUGUAUUCCGUGUUUUAUUUCCUCCAAACCGACUUUGUUAAUGUAGGAAAGUUCUCCACGUGGAGACGUGCUGACUCUCUGUAAAUCUUCAAUAAAAGGUGCUGUUCCUCCCUCUGACCCCGGACUGGUGUGUGUUUUCUGUCUCUCUCUCCAUGCUCCCCUCUCUCCCCCUCCCCGUCUUCCUCUCUCUCUCUCUCUCUCUCUCUUUAGCUUUGAGAUUUGUUCCAGCCACACUGAGGGAAGCACGGGGCUGGUGCAUGGACUGCGGGGCUCUCUCCCCUCGGCCCUGCCGAGGCCCCUGCUUUGGGCAGCCGUGGGGUCACGGUCUGAGCGGGCCCUGGCCAGGCAGCGCGUCCCCAUCUUCCCGAUGUCCCGGACUUCCCCACUCCCACUCCGGUCCCACCUCAGAAGUGCUCCGACCCCACCUGUGACGUUGAAUUUGGGCUGUGAACUCAGCCGUGCAGGCACCCUCUCUGGAAGUGGGGGGUGAGCUGUCGGGUGACGGAUGGGCCCUGCGGUUCCACCCAC